CACAAUGUCUCGCCAGAACUUGCUAUUCACGACCCUCAGAGCCACGUUUGCCCCCCUCGCAGGUCCAUCCACACCUCGUGCCUUUUCCUCUUCCCAGCCAUCCCUUGUAUCCACUCGCAAGCUCGUCGCAAAGAGACGCAAAGCUGCAAACCUAGCACUUCAAGCUUCCCGAGUGCGCAAACCAGAUUCAAUAGAUCCUGUUCUAGGCCGUGUACAGUACAAGGGGGAGGCUCCUACAAAUCCUUGGGAAGGAUGUCGGUUACAACGCGUCCUUUUGGACUAUAAUGCCAUUGCCUACUCCAUGCCUCCAGAUUACACUGCUGGUGAACAACCCCCCUACCUCUUACCAGGUGUGAGCAAGGAAGAUGCCGAGCUACUGUUCAGAGCUGUGCCCCAUGCAAGCACGGAGCUUAGGUACGCUAGUGGACAAGGUAGUGAGAAAACGGAGCAGGAGCAAGCGAGACAGAGCGAGAUGAUGAUGAGAAUCCUGGAUUUAAGAAACGCGAAUAAAAAUGCGAUCAAUGUUUUAAACAGACAACGAGUGAUCGACGAGUUUGGGGCGGGUGUUGACAGUGGUAGCUCUGCAGUUCAAGCCGCAUUAUUAACUGCCAAAAUUCACAACCUGUUAUCACAUAUUGAAGAGAACCCUAGAGAUACCUCGAACAAGCGUGCUCUUCGGCUACUUGUUCAAGAGCGAGCUAGACAUCUCAAAUAUUGGAAGAGGAAGCAGGGAGAGGAGGCUUACGAUAAGCUUCUGACCGAUCUUGGCCUUCAGCGAGAAGCUGUCGAAGGGGAGCUGUUCAUCGGCUUUUGAAGAUACCGUCAUGGUUCCAACAGUACCAAAAUUUCUCCCUCUUCAACACCUUUACCCUUUUCGGCCCUCACUUCGCCCACUACCCCAUCCCUUUCAGCUCUCAAAUUGAUCUCCAUCUUCAUACUUUCCAACACACACAACACUUGAUUCUCCUUCACUUUAUCCCCCUUUUUGACCUUCACUUCGAUGACAGUUGCAGGCAUGGGCGAGACGAGGGUCCCCGUACCGCUGGAAGACGAAGAUUGCGGGCCUUCUAUGCCCUCGAGAGGCGAUGGAUGGUGCGUGAUUACAUAGUGCGAUGAUGACGAAAAGAUAUGCAAUUUUUCAAGACCAUUUACGAAGAUAGGGAUAAUGGUACUUUGUAUCUUUUUGGGCCCUAUUUGAGCACUGAACUCGGUGGAAGAGGUAACGCAGCUUUGAAUCAACUGACUGUACAAGUCUUGACCUGCAAUUGCAACAUGAUAUCCAGAUUCGACCGGGUUGACGGUGACUUGUUCCGAAUCGAGUCGAAAUGAGAAUGUACAGAUGUCACUGAAUCGUCUGUGCACCAAGGAUGCCCAUGGCCCAGCAGGUGCCAAACUUUUCUGGCCUGAUUCCGCUCGGAGAACCAAAAAAACCGCCGCUUGUGCCAAGAUGUCCUGGGGGACAACUCGUGGUGGGAAUAACUCGUCGUGAUGUGACUUCACGUCAUAUCAGCUCGGAAACCAAUUCACAGGAACUUACUGGUAUGAAACUCGUUUCGACUGACCCAGCUGCAAAGUCAUCGUGUUCGGCGACUGACUUGAGAAACUCGAUGUUGGUGGAGGGCCCAACAAUUUGAUAUUCCGCCAAUGCCGAUCGUAAAAGCGACAGAGCCUGAGGCCGAUCUUUACCAUGAACCACAAGUUUGGCAAUCUAUUUCCGAGGGUUAUAAAAACGUUUCUCAAGAGAUGACGGCACUUGCCAUUGGGUCAUAAUGGGAGCUGAUUUCAUCGCCUUCUUGGAAACCUGUCUCCAGCCGGUGUGGCGUAUUAAUUGGCGAACGCACAUGGAACAGCUUGCCAGUGUCUGGCAAAAAAUUGCUACCAUCCAUUCGUAGAUUCGCGCUUCAAACGCAUGACCGAUGCAGGGGAUCUUGUCCUGGGUGUAUGGAAUAGGAUUACCGGCCGCGAUCUGUCUUUCAAGUGAGCUUUUAGCUUAACAAGAGGCCGCGCGCGACUUACAGAAAGCUGCCAUUCUAUAAGAUCCAUACCCGUAAUCAUUUCUGUGACAGGGUGUCUGAGUGUAUUAGCAUGAAGGUUAACUUGCG